UUUUCUCGUUUCCACAAGCUUCCCGAAUUUUUGAGACGUUUCCCGAAUCGUUCACACUCACACGUUGCUGAAACGAUAUAUCUGAAUCCCACACUUCCUAUUCGAAAAACUUUAUAAGAUUGUUUGUUUUUGAGUUUCUGUCUAAUCGUUCGAAUGGCCAAAGACGGACCCAACUGGGAUGGAUUGCUCAAAUGGAGCAUUGCUAACUCCGAUGGAACUCGCCCCACGCGCAAUUUAAGUGAGGAGGAUAGGAGAUGGUUUAUGGAAGCAAUGCAAGCACAGACCAUUGAUGUUGUAAAACGUAUGAAAGAGAUCACACUUGUAAUGCAAACUCCAGAGGAAGUGUUGAAAGACCAAGGAGUGACUCCUGCUGACAUUGAAGAUAUGUUGGAUGAGUUGCAAGAGCAUGUUGAGUCAAUUGACAUGGCCAAUGAUCUUCACUCAAUUGGUGGGUUGGUUCCUCUUCUUGGUUACCUAAAGAAUUCUCAUGCUAAUAUUCGAGCGAAGGCUGCUGAUGUUGUGACCACAAUCGUCCAGAAUAAUCCUCGGAGUCAGCAACUUGUCAUGGAAGCAAAUGGCUUUGAACCUCUUAUUUCUAAUUUCAGCUCAGAUCCCGAUGUGACUGUUAGAACUAAAGCACUGGGUGCAAUAUCUUCACUAAUUCGACACAACAAACCAGGCAUCAUUGCUUUUCGUUUGGCAAAUGGUUAUGCAGCCUUGAAAGAUGCACUAUCCUCUGAAAAUGUGAGAUUUCAAAGGAAAGCUCUGAACUUGAUCCAUUACCUGUUAGAGGAGAACAGUUCAGAUCGCAACAUUGCAAAUGAGCUCGGGUUUCCUCGAAUGUUGAUGCACCUUGCUUCUAGUGAAGAUUCAGAUGUCAGAGAAGCUGCACUUCGAGGUCUUCUUGAGCUCACUCGCAAUACAAAAGAUGUAACCGAGGAAGACAGUGAGAAAAUGAAGCAACUUCUUCAAGAACGAAUAAACAAUAUCAGUUCAAUGUCAACUGAAGACCUCGGCGUGGUCAGGGAGGAGAGGCAGCUUGUGGACUCCCUUUGGAGCACGCACUUCGAUGAGCCGUCUUCUCUUCGGGAGAAAGGUCUUCUUGUUCUUCCCGGGGAAGAUGCCCCGCCUCCAGAUGUUGCUAGCAAAUUUUUUGAGCCUCCACUGAGAUCUUCAGCUGUGAAUCCAUCUUCAAAGAAAGACUCGAGCAAUGAAAAGAAAGAAACCCCGUUGCUUUUAGGGUCACCUGCAGUAUCUAACAAUCAAGUUAGUUCAAAUAGAGAAGGAGGAAAUGCUAGUUCAUAGACAGAUACUAUCUAUCAGAUGAAAGUUUAAAUGUUUAUGGAUUUUAUCCUUUACUUUCUUUCUAUCUUAUCAUACAAUAGUUAUCUCUUUCUUUCACUUAUAAGCUAUGUUUUUCUUUUUUUCCUUUUCUCACCUCAGAUUGGUCUUCCAUUGUGUCCUAGGAUGAUCUCAUGGUUAUAAGUAAGCCUUCUGUUAUAGGUUUUUAAUGCGUGAUUAAAGUGGUGAUACUGAUCCCUGUGAUUUUUUUUGCAGUUGUUAUUUUUCAUCCUUGUUAUAGAUUUUUAGAUGUUACAAUUCCAUUCUUGCAUGUAUGCAUGGUCCGAAUUGUCGCCAA